AUGACGGACAACAUGACGGACAACAUGACGGACAACAAGGAGGGCAACGAGACGGAGGGAGAGAAAGGAAGCGAAUGCCUGACUUUUCCCAAGAAACGAGCACAGCUGGGACCCUGCUUUGAGUUCUCGUGGGAGGAGGCCUUGCGUGUGCAGCUCGAGGCCCUCCGACAAAACAAUGUCCCCUACCCGGAUCACGGCGUCGAAGUAUUGUACCGGUUCGCGAACUUUGACCCCUUCGUUCGGGCCAAGUACUUUGGGCGCAGCCUGGACCUCGGGCAGUUUGAGCGUUUUCGCCGCGUAAUGCACUCGCCGUAUUAUGCGACCUUGCUGGACAACUCGGGAUGGGAGGUGUUGAGCACACUGCAGGUGGAGGAGGGCAUGUGGUGCGUCCGGCUGCUGGUCCACGACACGCACCGAUUGGAGCAGCGAACUUACUCUAUCACCAUGCUGCAGAGGCUUGGCGGCUGCUACGACGGCUACUGGUACACGGAUCGUUGGGUGUGCGAGAAUCAAGACGUACGGAAGCUGUGGGCUGACUAA